AUGGCCGCCAGCUCCGCGCCCCACGGCGUGCCCCUCCCCGCGCGCAGAUGCCGUGUCUGAGCAAGAUGGAGCAGGUGGUCGUGAGCAUGCAGGACCCCGACCAGGGCGUGAAGAUGCGGAGCCAACGCCUGCUCAUCACUGUCAUUCCACACGCGGUGACCGGUAAUGACAUCGUGGAGCGGCUGAUACAGAAGUACUCCGUCUCAGAGGAGGAGUCCUUGCACCUGGGCACCCUCCUGGCGCGAUGCGACUACAUAUACCCUCUGCAGGAACCCCGCAGAUUGGUACUCCGGUCCCACGAGACCCCUUACAGGUUCCAGACACCAUAUUUCUGGACAAGCACUCUGUGGCCAGCAGCUGAGCUGGACUAUGCCAUUUACCUGGCCAAGAAGAACAUCCGAAAGCAGGGAGCUCUGGUUUACCAUGAGAAGGACCACUAUGACCAUCUGCACAAGAAGAUCAAGCACAUGUGGGACCUGGUAGUGAUGCAGGCCAGGGAGCAGCUGCGGGCAGCCAAGCAGCGCAGGAAUGGGGACAGGCUGGUCAUCGCCGCUUGGGGGAAACCCAUGAGAAGAGGCCGGAUGAGAGGGGCUGGUCACUUCAUCAAGUUGGGGGGCACCCUGAGAAAAUGGCACUCAGGCUUCUACCUGAGGCCUGGGGUGCCCAGUGUGCUGGAGCAGGUUCCAGAGCGGGGCUCAGGCACCACCGGCCGUGUGCAGAUGACAAAGAAUGUGGAUUUCUACAAGCAGGAGGUAGAGUGCUGCAGAAAGGCCCUGAGCAGGCCCCGGGUGAAGUCCUCUGGCUGCCUGGAGGCGUACCUGAAGUUCAGCAGCCAGUAUGGGCCACACGUCCCCAUCGUGUCAGGGUGCCUGCCCAGCAACCCCUGGAUCACAGAUGACACCACCUACUGGGCCAUGAAUGUGCCCAUGGUGGCUGUGCCCACGAAGCUGUGUGUGGAGCGAUGGACCUUUGGCUUCCCAGAGCUCCUGGAGGACCCUGUGGGGCGGGCCCAGUUCAUGGACUUCCUCAGGAAGGAGUUCAGUGCUGAGAAUCUCAGCUUCUGGGAGGCAUGCGAGGAACUGCGCUACGGAAGGCAGGCUGGUGUCCCCGCCCUGGUGGAUGCCGCGUCCCAGCAGUUCCUGGUGCCCCGUGCAGCCCACUGGGUGAACAUCGACAGCCGGACGAUGGAACAGACCCUGGAGGGGCCGCGCCAGCCACACCGCUUCGUGCUGGAUGACGCCCAACUGCACAUCUACAUGCUCGGGAAGAAGGACUCUUACCCGCGGUUCCUGAAGUCCGACAUGUACAGGGGCCUGCUGGCGGGUGCUGUACUCCCACCGGAGACCAAGAGACGGGUAUUCCCGUUCAUGCGGAAGCCACGCCACUCCAGCCCCAGUCCUGCCCUCCUUCCUGCCUCUGGGGAGCCUGGAGCGGCUGCCCCCGGGGGUGGGGACAGGGACGCCUAG